UAAAUAUAAUAAGUUGCUGCACAGUAAAGAAGUCGCAGAUCCACUUGAACUUGAACCUUCUCUAAACUACUUAUGAAAUGAUAGAUGAGCUCUUUGAUUAAUUUUGGAGACACCACGGUUUUCUCUGCCCUCAUUUUAUCUGAGAUUUAAGCAAGAGUGAUGCGGAGUCACACUUUAUUUAUUUAAUCUACAAAAAAGGAACGUUUGAAACAUUUGCGCGUUUGGUGUCUCUGCACCUGGCCUGAUGUUAUUUCCCACCAAAUAGCAACAGCUAUUAAGUUUCUUGGUGCCCGAGGGGCAGCACCUUGACUGACACGUAAUUUAUGCUAAUUGGUCACUAUGAUUGAUUAUUAAACCGACACAGUUCAAAGGCGCACACAGUUCUCAACUGCCCAGCUGAUACAUCCGCAUUUGAACACAAGCUGUAAGACAAAAGCAAAACCUUGACACGUUUCCAAGUACACCGCUGACGUGCGUUGAUACAGGGAGAAGGCUACUUAUCUUCUUAACCGAUCCUGCAAAACCCUUACACACACCCCAUAUUUCUGCGCGCUCCCAUUGGCUGUUGAUUGUCAUUUCAGUCAAGUGGAUCAUUGCGUCCCCCUGUGUCGUGGUGAUCACAGUUCCCAGAAAACAAAACCCCGGUACGCUGUUGCUGCGACAGGUCUAACAGCCCGACUCCGACCUGAUCUGGUGAAGGGAUGGCAAACUCUAACAGACCCUCCACGACUACUGCGCACAUCUUCAGAGGAACAUUUAUCCACGCGACCCAGCAAACAGCGGUGCAGAUCCUGGAAGAUGCGCUCCUGGGAGUGGAUACGGAGGGAAAGAUUGCUUUCAUUCGGAAAGGCGAAGAGCUAGACAAAGUGUCUCAGGCUUUUGGAUUCAGCCCAUCUAAAGUCACUCAACUGACACAACAUGAGUUCUUCAUGCCAGGGAUGGUGGACACUCACAUCCAUGCACCCCAGUACAGCUACAUUGGCACAGCCCUGGACAUGCCGUUACUGGAGUGGCUCAAUACAUACACCUUUCCGAUGGAGUCACGCUUCAAGGACAUGGACUUUGCCAGAAAAGUUUACAAUCAAGUAGUGAGAAGGACGCUGAGAAACGGAACAACCACUGCAUGUUACUUUGCUACCAUACAUACAGAUGCUUCUCUCCUGCUGGGCGACAUUGCACAUAAGUUUGGACAGCGUGCCUUGGUGGGCAAGGUGUGUAUGGACAUUAACAAUUUUGUGAAACAUUACAAAGAGUCCUCUCAGGAGUCUCAUGAGGAAACCCGUCGGUUCAUUGCGGAGCUCUUGGAAAAGAAGUACCCUCUGGUGAAGCCAGUGGUGACUCCCCGCUUUGCUCUAUCCUGCACAGGAGCCUUGCUCGGAGAGUUGGGAGAAAUCGCUAAGAAUAACAACCUGCACAUUCAGAGUCACAUCAGUGAAAACGUGGAGGAAGUGAAGCUUGUUAAGGAUCUGUUCCGUGAUUCAAAGUCCUACACAGAAGUCUACCACAAAUUCAACCUGCUCACUGACAAGACAGUGAUGGCCCAUGGCUGCCACCUCAGCGAUGAAGAGUUGGUCUUGUUCAGAGAGACAGGAGCCUCUUUGUCUCACUGCCCCAACUCCAACAUCUCGUUGUGCAGUGGUUUGUUGAAUGUCAGAAAUGUCCUGAACCUCAAAGUGAAGCUGGGACUGGGAACAGACGUGGCGGGCGGCUACUCGGCCUCUAUGCUGGAUGCUGUGAGGAAAGCUGUGGAAACAUCCAAACUCUUGACCAUCCAGGACCCAAAACAUGACACGCUCACCUUUGAGGAGGUGUUCAGGCUGGCCACGCUGGGAGGCAGCCAAGCUUUGUCCCUGGAUAACCAAACAGGAAACUUUGAAGUAGGCAAAGACUUUGACGCCCUGAGGGUGAAUGUAUCUAUUCCUGAUGGACCCAUCGACCUGGUCCAGCCUGAGGAACCAAAGAUUCUGUUGGAAAAGUUCUUGAAUAUGGGUGACGACCGGAAUAUAGUGGAGGUGUAUGUGGCUGGAAAGAAGGUGGUACCAUUCACAGAGUUAACAGAAGAGUAAACCUGUUGAUCCUGCACACACCUUCACUUAUCUAAACUCCCCAGUUUGAAGAGGACUUUAGAUUGUAAAACGAGACACAAUAUGUACUGCAUAACAAUGAUUAGCUUGAAACACUGCUGCACGUUUAUCAUUUGUUGCUAAAACAAAUAAGUGGGAAAUUAAUCAUCAACAUAAAUACUUUACCGCUAAAUUCAGAGGACAGCAAAGGCAACAUGUUUUUAAUGAUAUUUAAUGAAGCUCAGCUCAAAUUCAUGCUGUCUUUCACAUCUUUUAAUACAAUUACAGGGCUUUUAAAAAGGAAAUAAGGGACUUAUUAGGUUCUGUGAACAUUGCACUUUUUCUGUAAAUGCAGAUGUGCUUGAAAUUGUUUACUUAACUUAAGAAAUGGGAACAUUUUCUCUAUCAAGGAACACUUAAUUCAAAAUCACCAAAUUUGCUGCAAUGGCUUGAUAAUUAACAAGCCACUUUUAAGUUCUGUUUGUUCAUGUACAUGUUGUUGUAGACUUUUUUUUAUAACUUUUUGUUCUAUUUACUUAUACAGGUUUCCGUAGAAACUUACAAAUAUACAAAUACAAGUAGCUUCUGUGAUGUGAAGUUAAGAAAAAUAAAUUCUACCACGUCAUUAUCAAACUGCUUCACUGUAAGAAAUUUAAACAGGACAAUUGUCCAUAGACUUGAUUGGCAUAGUAACAUACAGAAGGACUUUGUACUGGUGACAUAAAGUAGCUCAGUUCUAAAUGUAGCCGCAGUGCCUGACUUGAUUAUCUACAGUGGCACAUUGAUCCCGUUCUCAUGCUUGUGUAGCUAGAAAAUGCUAUAUGAUCAGAAGACUGCAAUGGACUUGCCUUAUAAUCAUAAAUCCAUUUUUACACUUUACACUCCAUUCAAAUGCCUCGGUUUAGGUGCUUAAAAUACAAAGGUUGAUUCUAUUACAGUAUUUUAUAGUAUUCUCUUGACUUCAGUACAACACAUUCAGUUUUUUAUGCAGUACAGUUUCCUUGAGAAUGAAGAGGUCAGUGUGGUGAAACUGGACACUCAUGGUAUCAUUCCAGUGGUAUGACUGUUCUCUGUACGGACUGAAAUGAUAUGUUUAUCUAACAUUUAGCCACACAAACCCUUGCCUUAUUCACUUCAAAUCUGCACCUUGAUUUGACUCAGUGGAAAGUGAUGCUGCACUUAACCUGGUGCCUUAUUAUCAGAAUCAGCUGCUAUUGUAAUAUUUUUUCGCACUAAUCUUUAAUUAAUAAUUAAUGACAGUGAAAAUGUUUUUUUUUACCACUGAGAUCUUUGAUUUUAUAGACUGUACAAAAUUACAAACAUUACAAAUUGUCUUAUGAAUGUUGGGAAAUUAAGGGAAAUUAAAUGGAUUGAUUGCUGAUUAUGUGUUUGUCUUGAUAAAUUAGACUGUAUUUAAGAUAAGUUUACUUUUCUACUGAUUAUAGCCAAUUUAUACGACAGCAUAUCCUGUAAUAGUACAUUUUUUAUACGUUAAAGGUACUUUUUGUACUCUUUGGUGUUUCAUGUUAUGUGAGAUUGAAAUAAAGAAUACUACCAA